AUGGGUGCAAACGCUCCCAAUGCGGUACCAGCGCCAGCUCCACCUGUAGCGCCACCCGUGGCCCCACAGCCAAUGCCGAAUCAAAUAAGUGUCUCCUCCUCUACCUCGGAUCCACGAUCCCGAGGGCAGUUAUCUAACAACCACCGAGGGGCACAGCCCAGACAGCAGCGUCAGCGCUCACCCCCAAGGGGGAAUGCGUCACCACAGAGAGUCCCUCUCUUUAAUGAGGGAGAAGGCGAGGUAAACAGCAGAAUGUCUCGCCAAAAUCUUUUCCCCCAACCAAAUAAUCAAAUGGGUGAAAGAAUGCCUCUCCCAACAAGACGCAGUCCUUUCACCAUAGACAUUCUCAACGAGGUAUUACCUCAAGGAGUGAAGAUCUCGGGGUUACCUCAAUUUGAAGGGACCACCGAUCCACAGGAACAUAUAGAGAAAUUCAGUGCCAUGGCGGAUUUAUAUGGCCCGACGGAUGCUGUUAUGUGCAAAAUGUUCCGUACCACUCUUUCCAAGAGAGCAAUGAACUGGUUCAACUCCCUACCCAUAGGAUCGAUUGACACUUUCGCUCGACUGUCAACCCGGUUCACCAACCAAUUCGCCAUCAACAAACAAUAUGCCAAGACCCCAGCUCAUCUUUUCUCAGUAGUACAGAGAGAUAACGAAACGCUCCGCAACUACAUUAAGCGUUUCGUAGAAGCCGUCCAUGAAGUCCCCAGUGUGGGGCAAGACAUGCUCUCCGGGAUUAUGCAGCAGAAUUUGAAACCGGGUAGAUUCAAGGAAUCUAUUGCCGGAAGACCCCCAGGCAACCUAGAGGAAUUGUUAAAUCGAGCCGAAAAGUACGUCCGGAUAGAGGAAGCCUCUACCCAUGCUCCUCCUAAAAGGAAAAGGGAAGAUGACCGUCAGGACAAUAGGAGACGUGAUGACCGACGUCCACCACUUCCACCUCAAGGCCAACCCUCUUCCUCCUACAAUAGGUUCACUCCGCUAAACACUCGCCUCACGGAAAUCCUUCACGUGAUAGAACAGAAAGGUUUAGCAGAGCCCCCACGUCCUAUGCAGCGAAACGCAAAGCGAGAAAAGUCGGAUCGUUAUUGUCGAUUCCACAAGGACAGAGGGCAUACUACGGAGGAAUGUGCACAACUCAAAAUGGCGAUCGAGAGGCUGAUCAAACAAGGCCAUUUAGGCGAAUACAUCGAUAAGAACGUGCUUCUCCAUCCGCACGCAUUUCAAAUACAAAGAUCCGAUCACAGCAUAGUCUUCAACUCUUCCGACCUCGAAGGUCCAGAUGAAGACCAUGUCGAUGCACUGGUAGUAACAACAACGGUGGCCAACUUCUUGGUCAAGAAGAUAUUAGUGGACGGUGGAAGCUCAGCGGACAUCAUGUACCUCCACGCUUUUAAGCAGCUAGGCAUAGAUAAUGUCCGGUUUAAUCCCGUCUCCACACCCCUGAAAGGAUUCACAGGAGAAGGCAUUUUAUCCAUGGGAGAAGUAGAGCUGCCCGUCUCUUUAGGGGAAGACCCUUGUCGAAUCACAAAACUAAUUAAGUUCCUCGUCGUCGACAGGCCAUCACCCUACAACAUCAUUCUGGGGAGGCCAGCAAUACACACAUUCAAGUCAGUGCCCUCCUCCUAUCAUCAGAAGUGGAAGUUCCCUACUCCCUAUGGAAUGGGGGAAGUACUCGGAGACAGACGUCUCGCUCGAGAGUGCUAUGCAAGGGCCCUUCGAGAACCUUCCAAGAAGCCUAAACCACCCGGAAAGGGAGACGACACCCAAAAAUCCGACAAACGGAAGUGGGUCAAUGCGAUCAUCGAGGAUAAUAAAGAAAUCCUCAUCAGCGUACCUGAUGACAACAUCAAGCUAGCGGCCGUCGAAGAACUUAAGCUCAUAGAGCUCACUCCCGGAGAUACCUCCAAACUCCUACGCAUCGGAUCCGAUUUAGAUCCUGAGAUGAAGACGCAAUUAGUCAAAUUCUUGCGGCACAAUGGAGAUGUGUUCGCUUGGAAAGCUCAAGAUUUGUCGGGCAUUCCCCCUCAGGUAGCCCUACAUCGGCUGAACGUCGACAAGAGGUUGAAGCCAGUCAAACAGAGGAAACGGAAAUUUGGUCCCGAGCGCAACAAGCAUAUCAAAGCGGAAAUGGCAAAACUCCUCGAAGCGGGCCACAUACGACCAGUUCAGUAUCCUGAAUGGUUGUCGAACGUCGUACUCGUUCCCAAACCCGGGGGCAAGUGGAAACUAUGCGUAGACUUCACCGACCUCAACAAAGCUUGUCCUAAGGACCCUUUUCCUCUACCUAGAAUCGAUCAACUCAUCGAUUCGACCUCAGGAUGCGAGCUCCCCAGCUUCCUCGAUGCAUACCAAGGGUAUAACCAGAUCUUACUUGCACCAGAAGAUCAAGAGAGGGCUAGUUUCAUCACUGACCAAGGUAUCUACUGCUAUCAAGUCAUGCCCUUCGGGUUGAAAAAUGCGGGAGCCACUUACCAACGUCUAGUGAACGCCAUGUUCGCGGAUCAGAUCGGUAAGAAUAUGGAGGUGUAUAUCAACGACAUGCACGUCAAAAGUAUCAAGGUCUCGGACCACCUAACUGAUCUGGAUCAAUGCUUCGCUACCCUGCGAAAAUACAAAAUGAAACUCAACCCCCUCAAAUGCUCGUUCGGAGUUCGAGGUGGCAAGUUUUUAGGAUACAUGAUUUCACAGCGGGGAAUCGAAGCUAAUCCCGCAAAAAUCGAAGCAAUCACCUCCAUGGCUCCGCCAACAUCGAUCAAGAAAGUUCAACAACUCAACGGCUGUUUGGCAUCCUUGAACAGAUUUAUUUCAAGAUCAGCGGACAAGGCUCUCCCAUUUUUCAAGAUUUUAAGGGGAGGAAAAAAGUUCUAA